AUGUCAUUUCGAAUCAACGAUUAUAACGCCUUUUUGAAAUCACUAUACGAUAGAAAAGGAAACCAGAGGGAAGACAUUGAACAAAGAGAUAUGGAAUUCAAAGAACAAGGCGGCGAAGAAGAAAAUGAACAAGAUAGUAUGAGACUGUCCAUAGGCACAGGAGGAGUGAACCUACAACAAUCUUCAUCCAUAAAGAAUUUCCCAGUGGAUUUCGAUUUCGGGUUAUUUCCACCUACAACAUUGGAUUCUCCUACGGAACCAAUCGAUAUGGCGGAAUUUGCAUUGGAGAGCAGUCUCCCAGACCAAAAUUUUGACUUAUUCAGCAGUAUACCCAAGAAGCCCUUGUUUCAACAGCCUCAACAGCAAAUGCAACAGCUGAAGCGAAACCCGUCACAGUCUCAAUCCCAAUCACACAUACAGCAGCAGUUGAUGCAAAACCAAGCACAAGAGAGUACUCUAGACUCUCUGCAGAGUAUGUUCCUGCCAAUGACGUCCGGAGUAGGCGAAUUGGACACUUAUUAUAUCAAACAAGAGUUUGAUGAACUAGAAGGAUCGAAUAUUCCUACCCCGCCAACAAGAACAUGGAAGUCAAAAUCAGUUGCAAUGCUGAGCAGAGAAAAGUACACACCAUCAGCAUCAUCAUUUGCUGCAAACACAAUGCUGCCUCCGCUUAACUCUAUGAGCUCGCGGCCCAGAGCAAAGUCUUCACAUAAUGUCAUAGAGCAGAGGUACCGUAACAAAAUUAAUGAUCGUUUCACCACUCUUCAGAACUCCGUGCCCACACUUCGCGUGAUUUCCAGACGUUCUAGUGGGAGAGAUGAUUUAGAAGACGGAGGAGAGGGAGAUUAUGAAGAGGAUAUAGGAAAUUCCACAGGAGGGGACGAAGGGUCAGAUAUUGAUUUAGAAGGUUUAGAGCCUGCAAGAAAGCUCAGCAAGGGAACUAUUUUGGCCAAAUCUGUCGAGUAUAUUAAAUUCUUGGAGAACAAGAAUUCCAAGUUGAAGCUACAACAAGAAGAGCUUUUAUCGAAGGCCAGGCUACUUGGGCUAUCAAUAGAUGAAGAAGAUUUAUGCAUUAGCUGA